UGCCUUAUGGAUCCUGAGAUUGGUCGUGUGCUUCAUCGAAACGCGGAUUUGAUUUGCAUCGGGGUUAAAUUCGAGCAGCAAUCAUGUCUUCAGCGGGCAAGAAAGGAAAGAAGAAGAUUAAGUUCAAGACUAUAGGUUUAAUGUCAUACUUGGCUGAUAGUAGUACAACACCUACUGUGCCAAUGAAACCAUUUAGCAGCUGGGCAGAUGAAAUGGAUGAUGACCAUGGAGGUUAUACAUCAAGAAGCAGCAAGGAACCAGUGGUUCUACCCACUGCUCCCAGAGCUGCACGAGAUCCUCACGGUGUUGAUGAUGAUGUACCCACCAAUCCUCCUUAUGUUGCGUAUCUUUCUAAUCUGCCUUAUGAAGUGGACGAAUCGUAUUUAACAGAGUUCUUUGCAGACAUGAAGAUAUCUAAUAUACGUCUGCCAAAAGAUUCCAAUAAACUUAGGGGAUACGGGUAUGUUGAGUUUGAAGAUCGUCAGAGUUUAAUUGAUGCCCUUAAUUUAUCGAAUACACCCAUGAAAACAAGAAGAGUACGAAUCGAUGUUUCAAAUAGUGUCAACGAUGAUCGUCGUGGCGGACGAAUGGGUAGAGAUAAUCGUAGAGACACUUAUGAUGAUCCUGAGCGUACAUCUGGAGAUUGGAGAAGCGGUCCACGAGAUACUGCUACGCAAGAGGGAGAUUCAUAUCGAAGUCGAUACGAUAAUAGAGACCGAAGAGAUGAUCGCGAUGCUCCCGAAGAUAAUAAGCCUGGUGCAUGGCGCGAAAGUAACGAUAGAGGAAGACCAACGUUUCGAGACAGAGGCGGUUUUAGAGAUGAUGAGAAAGAUAGGGAAUGGUCUCGCUACGAUAAGGGUAGUAGAGACAGAGAUGCAGACAGAGGAAACAGUUUUGGGCCGCGUCGUAAUUAUGGCGAUUCCGAUUAUGAUCGGGAUGGCCAGCGUAGACAAGGAAAACCUCCUAUGGACAGUAAACCCGAAUCAAGGAGUAGGCCGAAACUGCAGCUACAGCCCCGCACAAAACCUAUUGAGGCUGCUGUAAAAGAAGAUCAACAACCUGCGAAAGAUACACCGUCUGCUCCUCCACAUGCUCCGUCGGCUCCUGCACAUGCGCCAUCUGCUCCUGCAAACACCCCGUCUGCUCCUGCAAGUGCUCCAUCUGCUCCUGAAAACGCUCCGUCAGAUCCUGCAAACGUUCCGUCAGCUCCUACAAACGCUCCGUCAGCUCCUGCAAACGUUCCGUCUGCUCCUGCAAACGCUCCGUCUGCUCCUGCACAUGUUCCAUCAACUAAUAUAUUCGGUGCUGCAAAACCUGUUGAUACCACUGCCAGGGAGAGAGAAAUAGAGGAACGUCUUGCUAAGUCAUAUGCUGAAUCGAAAUCUAGAGAUGAAGGGGAUACAGAAAAACGUGGCAAAGAUGGUACUUGGGGCAGACGUAAUGGAGAAGGUCGCGAUGAUAGGGACAAAGAUAGAUAUAUAUACUCCAGAGGUCCACCCUCCUCCUCUCGUGUGGAUCGUGGUGGAGCCCCAUCUUCAAGAGGUCCUCCAAGAUCAAACGAUACUCGUGCUCCAGAUAGAGACCGAAGAGACAGAGAAAAAGAUGAUACUAGCAGAAUGCCAAAGGCAAAGGAUGAACAAGCUCCAAACUUCGUAGCUUCCAACAAGUAUUCUAUGCUACCUGGUGAUGUGGACCCCGACAAUAUUGAUGAUUAUCUUGAUUAAUCUUGACCAUUAUGCGUCAUCAAUGAAAUUGUGCCACAUGCAUCAUUAAUUGGUCUAUAUAUGCAUAUUAUUAAUUUGUUUUAUCUCUAUUAAAAAAAAUACUUAUCGAAUUGAUUCAUGAAUCAAGCACUAAGCUCUUUGUAUUACUUUACAAGAAUUGUUGAUUUGUAU